UGAUAAAAAUUCAAAAACAAGUUAUUUAUUUACAAAUAACAAUUACAAUCGUAAAUCUAAAUUAAUUAUUACAUAAACUUACAUCUUGUGGAUUGUGGAAUCAAAACAAUAGUAACUACUCAAUAUAAAAUCCCACCCACGAAUAAUUCUAUAACAUGUAUGCCGAAAUUCAAGUUAUUUUGUUUCAAGUUAGCAUAGCUAUAUUUUUCAUGUUUUUGCAACAAAUUGAAGGCAAAAAUUGCAAUUUUUACGUACAAGUGGAACAAAAGCUGCUCAAUGAAGGUUUUCACAGGAACUUGACCAUAAACAUAGACUUUGCCAGUGACAAUGAGGAGGAGAGGUGGUUGUAUGAAGACUGUAUGGUGGGCAUAGAGCAGACCUUGCCGUCUGGAGUCUACUCCAGUAUAGAUGAUAUAAAUGACAGCGGAUGUGUUAAUUUGAUACACACAGUCUUCAAAACUGCAGUCAAUAUAGAGCUCCCAGCCAAGAAGUCUGAGCCGAUUGUGAUACACCUUUUAAGCAAAGUAAGGGAUUACAGGACUGAUAUUUAUAUACCAGUGCAUGCCAGAUACCACAAUCCAGCCAAAGGUGGAGGUAUGGUCAGGAACGAGAUACCAGUGCCCAAGGUAUACCUCCUGUGCCCUGACAGUCGGCUGGAGCGCUGCGACGACUUGUAUGCUGAGCUGACACAUCCAAAUAACUUCUGCUCAGAGCAUGUAUCCAAAGAGAACUGCACAUGGAAAGAAAUACCCAUCAUUAUGGUGACGGCGCCCCUGUCCUGGCACGUGCCGGUGGGCGACACGGAGCACUACGCGCUGGUGGCGGGCGGCACCGCGCUGGUGAUAGCGCUGGGCUCGCUCUACCUCCUCAACACCCUGCGACGGUACCACUCACUCGCACACAGGAAUAAUAAAAAGAUUUCAUGAAAAUA